AUGCCAUUUUUCGACGAUCUGGAGUUCGACCGCAACAUCCUGGAGGUCGAGCUGAUGACUGGGCGGGCCUUCCUAUCCCGCGCCGAGGCGAAAGCCGGGGCGGAGGGCGCGCGGGGCCUCGCCGUCAGGGCGUGGAUUGACAACUUCAGGAGAGUCACGGCGUUUGCCGAGGGCGUCCUCGACGGCUUCGAGCGCCGCCGCCGCGAGUCCGAGGACGACCAUCAGGCCCAGACGCCGGCGGCGCGCGCGCGCAGGGCGCUGAGGUACUUGACCCUUCAGAACCCGGCCCUAGUCCGGCGCGCCGCGGCUAGGGACGUGCGGAGGGCGCUCACGCGCGUCCAGACGGUGGUUCGGGUGGUGUACAAGAGCGGCCUGCUGGACGCCGCGCAGCCGCCGGAGGCCUUGUUCCGGCAGACGAACUCGCUGAUGACCUGA